GCAUCCGGGUUGCAUCGUAUUUUAACAAUAUCGUUUCACAUUGUAAAAUAUGUUGAAAGCCUGGCUGUUAAUUCUCUUUUUGGGAGAUAUUAAAUUUGUGCUUUCGGAUGAGCCUUUGUCGCCAAGUUAUUUUCAAGAGCUAUUGUUGGAGAAAAUGACCAAGAUAGAUUUGAAUGUUCAGAAAGUAAUGGAAAGAUAUGAUAAGAUUGAUAAAGAAAAGGAACAAGAAAAUAACGACAUUUCUAGGUUUUCGACCACUGGACAAAAGGUUCUGCUAGUGAAAGAUCUUGAAAAAGAUGGAUGGAACAUGGUAUUUCGUGCAACAUCAAGUAAUGGGCAAAACGUUUUUGACGCAUGGACAAAAGGGAUUGGCAUUUGCUCUGACAAACCAAAAUCUAUGGUACGAUCGUAUUCAAGUCACUACAGAAACAAUGUUGUCUCAAACUGGGCCAAUAUUGGAGUAAAGUAUGUCAAAUAUGCGUACUACGAAAACAACCAGGAAGUAGCCUACGUCAUAUUCAACGGAUCCGGAAGUGAUAUCAACUCUUGGUUUGACAAACACCGUAUUAUUGCAUCAAGCUACACAGACCUUACAACAACCCAGAAGUACAACUUUUUCUCGGUCGUUGGAAAUUACGUUCCAAAAAGCCGGGAACGUCGCUUUUUCAUCAAUACAUUAUAUAACACAUGUGCCGGAGACUCUGGUUAUCUGGUCGUUUCGGAAGAUGAACCUCCCAAUAAUCUUUGCAGUUGGGAUAAACAUGCGAGUUAUCCACAAUUUUUAUACUCGAAGAUUAACUCCGUCGACCUCUGGGGCAGUCAAUUGUUUGGAAGAGCCGACUAUAUGGCGAUUUUCGUCAAAACUGAAUAGACAGAAACUGAGUAUUCAGUAUUUUAAUGCGGUGUUUGAAUCAAGCGAGUUUUAAUUUAUACGUAAGCUUAACUUAGCCCAUUGAAUUAAGACUAAAAUUUCGUUCUUACGAAAAUUGAUCGUCAGAUUCACUGCAUCAUAAUAAUUUAAAGAUAUAUUAGUUAAAUUAAAACAAAUGAUUAUAUACAUGUAUAGUUACGUGUACUACAAACUAGAAAUACUUGUAUUUACUUUCUUGAUGAAAAUUAUGUUAAAAUAACAAUUAAGCGUAGCAAAUACUUUUCAAAGAUUCUCAAUAUUUAUUGUUAGACAUUUUAAACAGUUAUUUAUUUAUGUACUGAAUAUUUGUUUAUCAUAUUCUAGUAUUUGAUAAAGUUCUUAUCAGAAUUAGUGAGGUUCCGGUAAGUUUUAAGUGGCUAAUUACUUCCUUCCUUACCUACGAUACUGUUCAGUUUCCAAUAAUUGUUCCCCUUUACAUUGUACCUACAUGCGAUAAACUCAAAACACGUUGUUUAAGAAUCGUACUAAUAUUUUUCUUUCCAUGAAAAAAGAUACGAAAACAACUCAUUAAUGAAUAAAUUGUUAAAUAAAAUGACAUUUUUGAUAAUGACAUAAUAUUUUCAAUUAUCCUUUAAUCUUAAGCAUCUCCCCACCAAAUGCAUGUGCAUUUUUCUGAAAUCUGUAAAAUUGUUUGCAUGACUGAACAUUUUUUACAAAUUAUAUCAUUUACCCUUUCAUGUGAGGGAGCGUCAGUGGUUCUACCCAGGUGCCAGUUCGUGCCUGAAAUAAUUCCAAGUAAAGUUGGAAAGUCUCCAUAUGAUUUUUGUAGUGUCGGUGCGCAGCAAAAAUAACACAUGUUAGUUAGUUAGUUUUGUAAUGUUGACUAAAAUAUUUAUACAAAGGUAACAUUUCUUUGUUACAGUAUAAAACCUGGUCACGUGACCUUAUUUAUUUUCUCGAUUCAGCCCCUUAUUUUUUGAAGUUCAUCAGGAAGGGGCAUCACCAGGAUGACUAUGGCACCGAAAAAUGUAGUUCUUUCCUCUUUUCGCGUCUUAAAAGUCUUUUGGUUGAAAGAUCAAAAACUGAACAUUUGUUUUCAUCGGAAUUUAUUUCAUCGGAAUAAUUAUGUGCAAAAUGAAACAAGCAGACAAUUAAAGCUUUAACAAAGGAUUAUUUAAGAAAAUUAAUGAGUGAAACAUGACAGGUGUGGUAGACGGAUGUAGGAUAUUAUUGUAGAUGAACUUUGUCAAAAAACCAUGUGAAUAAUACUCUGGAUAGGACCAGGUUUCACAGAUCAUAACCGUAUAAAUGUAUUUGUGUUUUUAUUGAGGUUUUGUUUCUAAAUUAACCACAGCUUAUUGUAUUUUUUUGACUGAUUUAUAUCAUCCUUUGCUUAAAGAAUAAAAUAAUAACUUUUCAAAUCUACUUACAACUUGCAAGGUAAGUGAAUUAUUGCUACUUUUGGUAUGAUUUUGAUCAUUACAGUCAGUAUUUGUUCGGGGCAAUAAAUUAAAUUAUUGUUGUUUUUAGUUUUCGGAAAACAUAAAUUUACACUAAAUGAUGUGUUUUUGUUGUGGUUGAAAAUCGACUAGUUUGCAAUUAAAAUUUCCAUUAUCUCAAUUUUAUGAAUGCUAUUUUAGGACUUUUACAAUGAACUAUAUGUUUUGUUAAUGAUGUUUAUUAAAAUCGGUUGACAAUGGCAUUAUAUAUAUGACUAUAAGAUAUUUCCCAUUUCGACCGGUAAGUCAGUACUGGCAUAAUUUUUGCUCAGUCUUAACAUAAUAUCAUGAUAGUUCUACAUGUUCGUAAUGUUUUAAAUGGCGUAUUAUUGUAAUGUGUUGUGUGUACGGCAUUGGUCACUUGAAUUGUUUGGAUCAGAUGGCUGUGACCUGCUCGGUACUGUCAUGUUUUCAUCGACUUUAGUCCGGAUAGCAUGAAUCUGAAAUAAAACAUAUUAAUUAAUA